UCACUAUUUUUUCUCAUACUUCCAAAUAAUCCUCUUUUAAGAUUCGAAGUGGUUGUUAAUGGAUUUGUGGCUGAAGGCACGGAGCUUCGCGGAGGAAGCUGCGAAGCGAUCACAGGAGUUCACUGUUGAAGCUGCUAAGCGUACACAGGAGCUCAGUAUUGGCUCCGCUAAGUUAUCCGACGUCGUUUCAGAGGCUUCCAAGCGUUCAAAGGAGAUUGCCGCCGAAGCUUCUAAGCGUUCUAAGGAGAUCGUUGCCGAAGCUUCUAAACGCGCCGAUCAGAUCAAGUUUCAAAUUCCCUCUGCCGCUGCACUCUCUAGCCUUGUGGAUUCCUCAACUUCCCCUCAAACUGCUUCGGCUAUUCCUACGCCGGCUGAUCUCGAAAAGUUUGGAGUCACUGACGACUUGAGAGAGUUCGUUAAGGGCAUCACUAGGGAAACAUUCCAGAAUUUUCAACUUCAAGAUGAGUCAGAGAUGUCUGAUAUUCCUACAGUCUCAAACAUUCGGCAGGAUCUUACAGAAUUUCAGGAAAAACAUGCAAAACUUGUUCUUUCAUCUGUCAAGGAAAUCUCAAAGUUGAGGUAUGAGAUAUGCCCACGCAUAAUGAGAGAGAGAAAGUUUUGGAGAAUCUACUUCAUUCUAGUUAACAGUCAUUUGGCACCGUAUGAAAAGAAAUACAUGGACGAAGAGAAAAUAAUAUCUGCUGAAAAGGCAAAUGUCGAGGAGGCAAAGGAUAUUUCAUCAGCAGGAACAACUUCUAAACCAAUGAUCGGGGCAACAACCCAGACAAACAAGAAGGCAGCCUCAUCAACUGCUGACCAGGAUUUGGAUGUUUUUCUUCUCGGAGAGGAAAGCGAUGAAGAGCCAGAUGAUGGGGAGAAUGCUUUUGACGAUGAUUUUGACAAGAUAUAGAUAGCCUGCAGGACAAGGUGAAACAUCGGCUACUUGCUGCUUUGAGAAGUUGAAGUUGAAAUACGUCAAGUAGUUCACACAUGCAUGCAUGAUAUAAUCCAGCUCAUAUGAAGUAGGCAUAUACUCGCAUACUUGCUACCUUCCUCUGCAUGCAUCUUGUCCAUUCCUUCAACCUUUUUCUUUCUUUUUCAACUUUUAUUUCCUUUGCUGGAGCUGCAGAAGAUAAGGUAGGUGACCGAGGAGGUCCGUUGGUACGUAAUGCUGUUCGUUUUGGAGGUGUAAAUUUAGAAUUCUUUUAGUGACCUUAUUAUUCACUUUUUAUUGAGUUGUUGGUUACUUUUUAGCUCUA